GUAAAAUAUGGAAAUUAUGCUUUUGUGUGGGAUGCAGCUGUACUAGAAUACGUGGCUAUAAAUGACCCAGACUGUUCCUUUUACACCAUUGGGAACACCGUUGCUGAUCGAGGAUAUGGAAUUGCAUUGCAACAUGGCAGUCCUUACCGAGAUGUUUUUUCACAAAGGAUCCUGGAACUUCAGCAGAGUGGUGACAUGGAUAUCCUGAAGCACAAGUGGUGGCCUAAGAAUGGCCAGUGUGACCUGUACUCCUCAGUGGACACAAAGCAGAAAGGAGGUGCCCUGGACAUAAAGAGCUUUGCAGGGGUCUUCUGUAUCCUGGCUGCUGGAAUCGUCCUCUCCUGCUUCAUAGCCAUGCUGGAGACAUGGUGGAACAAGAGGAAGGGCUCCCGGGUUCCAUCCAAAGAGGAUGACAAGGAAAUUGACCUGGAGCACCUCCAUAGACGUGUAAAUAGCUUGUGCACAGAUGACGACAGCCCCCAUAAACAGUUUUCCACCUCGUCAAUUGACUUGACCCCUCUGGACAUUGACACUUUGCCAACACGACAAGCACUGGAGCAAAUCAGUGAUUUCAGGAACACUCAUAUCACCACAACCACCUUCAUCCCAGAACAGAUCCAGACUCUUAGCCGCACACUGUCAGCCAAGGCUGCCUCUGGUUUCGCUUUUGGCAACGUGCCUGAGCACCGAACUGGCCCUUUUAGGCACAGGGCACCUAAUGGGGGAUUUUUCAGGAGUCCUAUAAAAACAAUGUCAUCUAUUCCUUAUCAGCCAACUCCCACCCUGGGGCUCAAUCUGGGUAAUGACCCCGACCGAGGCACUUCCAUAUGAUAGCAAACAUCUCACUGUUUAUUUGUAGGGCUCCCUUUGUGAGGAGCAGCUGUAAUAUUGGACUAACAUGGAUGUAACUUUUUAUUAAAAAAAAUCAGGAUGAUUAGUAACAAUUCUAGUUCUUUCUCCCCACCUUCCCCUUUCUUUCUUGCCCCUAUUUCUUUCCCUCUUUCCCUCUCUUCUUAUCUAUCUCCCUUCAUUUUUUUCAUUACUCAACUUGUUUCCCCAGAAUAUAGUAUACUAGGAUCCUAUUAGCCUGUUUUUCAUAUACUGUACUUCAAGUAUAGGAAAUGUGCACUGAGUAUACUCAAGGUAUAUGCAGGAUUAAUUUUACAUAAAGGCUUCUUACAUACUGUCUCUCUAUUUUUAAAACUAUAAUUGCAAUAACUUCAGUCUUUUUACAUUCUUCUGCUGCGUCCCUGCAAUGCUCCACAGCUGUCGAGUGUCCUUUAACUGUGGACAAAAGGCAACCCCUGCAGUGUCUAGAAAAUGAUUUGAAGACCAUUCAGGCCACAGAAUAUAAGAAUGCAAUUUUGUAGGAUUACAAAAAAAAGCCAUUAAUAUGCCAGUCAAGACUACAGUUAAAAUUACUCUUGCACUGCAGCAGUGCAUAUGACCUUUAUGUGAUUGUACAGUAUUAAAAGUUUUUUUCUUAUGUACAGUAAACUUUAUCAUAUGGCAAAAGCCUCUAUUGUGUUAAAUAACUUAGUAUCUCAUAUCUAUACAUAUAUAUGCACCUAUAUAAUGUGUAUAUAUAUAUAUAAAAAGGCAGCCAUUGCUAUUGCAAUUCAUUUAAUAAAGCUUUAGUUUAAAAAAACACAAGCAUUGUAUACAGGAACUAUGUAUAGUGCAGAAGGUCUUUUCAGUUAGAAAAGGCGGGUUGCUUUCAUGUUAUUCUGAUUUGCAUUGUUUGCCAAUAGAGAAUAUUUUAUACUUUUGUUAUUAAAACAAAAACAUCCAGGGCGAUUUAAUAUUUGUUCCUAGAUGUAACUCGUGAAUAGGUUUUGCAUUUGUUAUUCAGCAGUGUAUAAAGCUAACCUUGAUAACUUUACUUUUAAUAUUUAUCUAAAUGCAAAAUGCUAUUAGCUGAACCACAACCACAACAGCACAUGGAGCUCUCUACGAGUUUAAACUCAUAGAUCAUUGAAGGUUAAAGAUCCUCUUCCAAAGCAGUGAGCCAAUCAAUGUAACAACUGUAGUCGGGGAGGAGUGGGAGCCCUUCAGAAGUAUUGAUGUGGCCUUAAUUAUGUCAUACCUUAUCCUAAAGCAAAAAUGUAAUCACCAUACUGGGCUCUCAUCUUAACCCCCUUUUUUAUUCAGUUCUAUUUGGAGGAGUUGUGUGUUUUUUACAUCCAUGCCAAGUGUAUGAGAAGGAAGACAGCAAAACCAGUGCCUCUUUGUGCACAGCCCUUUUAAAGUAGAACUCUUAUCUGUUAGAAAUGUAGACUGAACUUCGUUUGUAAUCCUUAAAUUAAAACGUGCUAAGUAGGAAGCAAAAAUUUAUCCUGUGUUUUUAUGCAGCCAUACACUUAUUUUAAUCUAAUCCACACCGUGGCUAGGAUUGCUAUAGGGACCAACCUAUGUGAUUUGCUUUAGGAGAAAUUAAGAGGUAUAUUCUUAAGGUAUAUUCUAUUUUGAUGCUAAUUCUGUUCUGGGGAGCAUCUUGUACUGUCACUGUUUUUGUACUAAAUCUUCAAAUAUUGUCUACUGUGUAAGGCAGAAACUUUUCUUAUCAUGCAAAAACCAUUUUGUUUCCAGGGUAACAAGUUCCUAAGUGCAUGCACACCUUGUUUUCCCUUGUAACACUCAUGAUCUCAUUCACAACUCUGAUUUUAAAACAGAAAAGUCUUUACAACAAGCUAUGUAGGGACAUACCAGAUGUUGCAGUGAUCUCAGCUAUCAACAAACUGUUAACCAUGUACAAUAUUUAAAAUAGGCUUAUUUUGAUGUAUUGCCUAUUAUACAAAUACACAAAACAUUUUUGGAGGCCUCAGUUACGAGUGGCAGAGCUUUCUGUGUAUAAUUUGUCUACAUAAUUUGUCUAAUAAAAAUGUUUUCUAAA